AUGGCUACUGAGAAUGCUGGGACACACAAGGACCCGGUGACGGGCGAAAUGAUCUCUAAGACGGAGCUCAAGCGACGCGAGAAGGAUAGAGCAAAGGAGGCCAAGAAGGCCGAAAAGGCUGCUGCUGCCCCUAAGCCCGCUGGAACUGCUAGGGCAGCCGCGGCAGAUGAAGACGAGCUCAGUCCGAACCAAUACUUCGAGCUGCGUUCACGUCAUAUUCAAAAACUACGAGAAACACAAUCGCCCAACCCAUACCCGCAUAAGUUCGACGUUUCAAUCUCCGUCCCUCGCUACAUUGAGACGUACGGCGUAGAAGGCAAGAUACAGGCUGGUGAAAGACUAGAAGGCGUUGUUGAAUGCCUGGCGGGCCGUAUCCAUAAUGUCCGACCAUCUGGCCAGGCUCUCCGAUUCUAUGAUUUACACAGUGAAGGUCAAAAGGUGCAAAUUAUGGCCAAUAAACAAGAUGCGAAGGACUCAGAAGCUUUCGUUUCUGUCCACGAAAACUUCCGCCGGGGAGAUAUCGUUGGUGUCAUUGGCACGCCCACACGUACGAAGAAAGGGGAGCUGUCCAUCGCGCCGAAGGAAAUGAUUCUCCUUGCUCCGAAUCUACAUCAGCUGCCUUCUGCACACUUCGGUCUUAAAGACCAGGAAACCCGGUACAGAAAGCGAUAUCUGGAUUUGAUUCUUUCGCAGGAUACCCGACGCAUCUUCAUUACUCGGAGUAAAAUUAUCAACUAUAUGCGCAAGUUUCUUGAUAACCUUGGCUUUCUGGAGGUUGAGACGCCUAUUACAAGCAUGCUUGCCGGUGGCGCAACAGCAAAACCAUUUGUCACGCAUCAUAACGACCUUGAUCUCGACCUGUACUUGCGUAUAGCACCAGAGCUCUAUCUCAAGCAGCUCGUGGUAGGCGGACUCGAUCGAGUAUACGAGAUCGGACGCGUGUUCCGGAACGAGGGUAUUGACCUGACCCACAAUCCCGAAUUCACAAUUUGCGAAUUCUACAUGGCAUACGCAGACAUGUAUGACAUCAUGGAUCUGACCGAGUCGUUGGUCGAGGGGAUGGUCAAGUAUUUGACCGGCGGUAAGACCACGCUACAGUUCCACCCCGAGGGCAAGGACAGCGACAGGGUCUAUGAUCUCGAAUUUAAGCGUCCGUGGAAGCGAUAUGACAUGAUCGAAACUCUGGAGGAGAAGCUGGGUGUGAAGUUCCCGCCUGGUGAGACAUUGCAUACGGAGGAGACCAAUCAGUUUUUGCGCGAUCUAUGCAAGAAACAUAACGUUGACUGCAGCGAACCCCGCACCAACACGCGUUUAUUAGACAAGCUUGUUGGAGAAUUCAUUGAGCCGCUCUGUAUUUCACCUUCGUUCAUAGUCGGACACCCACAAGUGAUGUCGCCCCUCGCCAAGUGGCACCGAUCGAAGCCAGGGCUUUGCGAGCGAUUCGAAGGGUUCAUGUGUGGCAAGGAAUUCUGCAAUGCGUAUACCGAGUUGAACGAUCCGUUCGAGCAGCGGUUGCGCUUCGAGGAGCAGGUGAGACAGAAGCAGCAAGGCGACGACGAAGCUCAAGAUAUUGACGAGACAUUUGUCGACGCGCUGGAACAUGGACUGCCCCCCACGGGCGGUUGGGGUAUUGGCAUCGACCGCUUGGUCAUGUUCUUGACUGACUCGCAAAAUAUUAAGGAGGUGCUGUUGUUCCCAGCGAUGAAGCCCAUCGAGACGCAGGCAAAUACAUCAGGCACUGCACCUGGUCCCGGUGGUCAGGUUUAG